ACUAAAAAUACAGAAAAUAUACAGCGUAGAGAGAGGUAGAUAUAGAUAAUAAACUGGUAGGAGAGAUUAAAUUCCUCUUCCUUCCUCCUUUCCUCCUCUUCCUCCUUCCUCUUUCUACACAAUCACCACCGUCGCCACCGUCGCCGCCUUCUUCAACCAUCGUCAGCCUCGGAUCCUCCAGCUCAACCGACCCCAAAAGCCGAUUCCUUUUUGUCCGUUUCGAUAAAAUCCCAUUCCCAAUUCUUCGGGUUUCUGAAUCUGAGAGAUCGGACCCAAAGGCGAAUCGCACCCCAAAGACCUUACCUUUUCGUUUAAAUUCGUAAAGGGUGGCUAGCUAUGGACGGUGAUUCCUGGAGCGCUCGUCUAUCUUCUGCCUCUCGGCGUUAUCAAUCCGCCCUUCAUUCUCGAUCUGAUAUGCUCAUGGGGUUUGAAGAAAUUGAUGGGGAUGAUGAUAUAAGGGAGGAAUUUCCGUGCCCGUUCUGCUCCGAAUACUUUGACAUUGUAGGAUUGUGCUGCCACAUUGAUGAAGAGCACCCGGUGGAGGCGAAGAAUGGGGUAUGUCCGGUUUGUGCAAUGAGGGUGGGGGUUGAUAUGGUUGCGCACAUUACCCUACAACAUGGAAGUAUAUUCAAGAUGCAACGCAAGAGGAAGACGAGGAAAAGUGGAGCUCAUUCAACUCUAUCUUUGUUGAGGAAAGAGCUAAGGGAAGGAAAUUUGCACUCUCUUUUUGGGGGCUCUUCCUGUUUACUUUCCUCAUCCAAUGCAGCGCCUGAUCCAUUGUUGUCACAAUUUAUUUUGCCUAUGGCGGAUGAUUUUGUUAGUAUGCCGCCCUUCUCAACUGAAGCAAGCUCGGCCAAGAAAAGUUCAGAUAAGAGAGUAUCAGAACGAAACGUGCAGUCGCCUCCUUUGUCCAUCAAGGAUAAGGAAGAGAAGACGAAAAGAUGCGCGUUUGUUCAGGGGAUGUUGUUGUCCACCAUUCUUGACGACGGUUUAUGAAUUUCCCAACGGCGCCGCUGCAGGAGUGAAAGUUUGCACAACCAAGAGCGAGCCCCUUUGCAGUCUGUGGUUGGUUUGUAGCUAAGAGUAUUCCCAAUGGUUAUUGAGCACGAGGAGUGUGUGGAAUAAGUUGUUGUAGGAAUCUGAGUGUAAUUAUGUGGCAUGUGAACUUUAGUUUAUAGGCCUCAACAAAACUCUCGUCAUCAUCUGUUAUUUUCAGGUCGAUAUUUAGUUCUUUUUUGAAAGAAAAGAAAAAGAAAAGAAAAUAAUUUCUUUUCA